CAGAGCUGUUUAGUGCCAGAGCCAGGACUCCCCAGAGGGGAACGAGUUGAGAGGGGGAGAGGAGGGGAAGAUGAGAGGAUAGGGAAGCGGGCGGGCGGGGCAGAGCGAGGCUGGAAGGAGGAGAGAGGAGGGGUCCAUGCUAGGAUUCCCCCCUCCCCCGCCCCCUGCCUCUCGCUGGGUCUUCCCCACCGGCAGCUGUUGGCUCCGCAGCUUGUGGGCGGACCGCACCGGGCAGUGACCCAGUGACCGGGGCCAGGCGUCCUUAGAGCCUGAGCGGGGGGGACCCAGCGGUCUGGGGCGGGGCGGGGCGGUCCUGGCCCCCUGCACGCAGCGCCCCUGACUGUGGAGUCGAGCCGGAGCCGGAGAGUGACAGGGAGCGACAGCCCUGCUCCCCGCUGCUAAUGGGAGCCACCGCCGCGGGUGCCCUGCAGAGAGGCUCCAGGGGGGACUAGUCUGCGGGAGCAGCGGCGAAGAGCCACGGAGGAGGAGCUCUCACACUUGACUCCUGGGAAGAUGAGGAAACUGAGGGCUGGAGAAGGGAAGGAGCUUGUCGGAGAAAACCACAUCAAUCACUAGUGGAAGUGACCACUCUGGCCAGAGCCCUCAAUUCUAGCUGAGGGGACUCAGGACUGGAAGAUGCAGCCACUGGCAUCAGUGUUGGGGACUCUCUUGGCAGCAGCUGGAUUCCUGGUCAUUCAUGCCUUUACCUCUGAAGAGGUGGAACAGGAGCCCUGCCAGGCCCCAGGCCCAGAAGAGUUGGAACAGCACCUGACCCUAGCAUUGGGCCAAGCACUACGACUCUGCUGUGGUCGUGCCAACCGAGGUGGCCACUGGUAUAAAGAAGGCACUCGUCUGGCACCAUCAGGCCGUGUGCGAGCCUGGCGAGGUCGCCUGGAAAUCGCCACUCUAGUGUAUGAGGAUGCUGGCCUGUACCUGUGUGUUUCUCGAGGCUCUGGCCAUGUUCUGCACAAUCUCACUAUCUCUGUCAUAGAUUCUCUGGCCUCCGGGGAUGAUGACGAGGACAGUGACAGCUCCCCUAAGGACCUUCCCAAGGGGCACAUUUAUCCACAGCAAGGUCCCUACUGGACACAUCCCCAUCGCAUGGAGAAGAAGCUGCAUGCAGUCCCUGCAGGCAACACAGUCAAGUUCCGGUGCCCAGCUGCAGGCAACCCCAUGCCCACCAUCCGCUGGCUGAAGAACGGAGAAGACUUCCAUGGAGAGCACCGAAUUGGGGGCAUCCGGCUCAGACAUCAGCACUGGAGUCUCGUCAUGGAAAGUGUGGUGCCCUCAGACCGUGGCACUUACACCUGCGUGAUAGAGAAUGCCCUGGGGAGCCUCCGAUACAACUAUCUCCUGGAUGUGCUAGAGCGCUCCCCCCACCGGCCCAUCCUGCAGGCUGGCCUGCCCGCCAACACCACAGCUGUGGUUGGCAGCGAUGUAGAGCUACUGUGCAAAGUCUACAGCGACGCCCAGCCCCACAUCCAGUGGCUGAAGCACAUCGAGGUCAACGGGAGCAGCUUUGGGGCGGACGGAUUCCCCUUCGUGCAGGUGCUCAAGACCGCUGAUAUCAACAGCUCAGAGGUAGAGGUCUUGUACUUACGUAAUGUGUCAUCAGAGGAUGCAGGCGAAUACACCUGCCUGGCUGGCAACUCCAUUGGGCUCUCCUACCAAUCGGCCUGGCUCACGGUGCUGCCUGAGGAGAGGCUGGUAUGGGAAGCUGCUGCCUCAGAGGUGAAGGCCACAGACAUCAUCAUGUACACGUCAGGCUCUGUGGCCAUCCUGGUGAUCCUGGUCAUUGCCGGGCUGUGCCGGGGGCAGGCGCUAUCUAGCCGGCCGCCCCACCAGCCCCUUGCUGUGCAGAAGCUCUCACGCUUCCCUCUCAUCAGACAGUUCUCCCUGGAGUCAGGCUCAUCAGGGAAGCUGAGUUCCUCCCUCGUUCGGGGUGGCCGCCUGUCCUCCAGCUGUACCCCAAUGCUCCCUGGCCUUGUGGAGCUGGACCUGCCACUUGAUGCCAAGUGGGAGUUUCCCCGGGAUAGGCUGGUGCUAGGGAAGCCCCUUGGUGAAGGUUGUUUUGGGCAGGUGGUAUGGGCAGAGGCCUAUGGAAUGGACCCUCAACAACCAGAUGGAGCUGCCACGGUGGCCAUCAAAAUGCUCAAAGACAAUGCUUCUGACAAAGAUCUGGCAGACCUGAUCUCUGAGAUGGAAAUGAUGAAGCUUAUUGGUCGACACAAGAAUAUUAUCAACCUGCUGGGUGUCUGCACCCAGGAAGGGCCCUUGUACGUGAUCGUAGAAUUUGCUGCUAAAGGCAACCUCCGGGAAUACCUUCGGGCAAGAAGACCACCUAGCCCUGACUACACCUUGGAAGCACCCAGGACCCCCGAGGAACAGCUGUCAUUCCAGGCCCUGGUCUCUUGUGCCUACCAAGUGGCCCGUGGCAUGGAAUAUCUGGAGUCUCGGAAGUGCAUACACAGGGACCUGGCUGCCCGGAAUGUGCUGGUCACUGAGGACAAUGUGAUGAAGAUUGCAGACUUUGGCCUGGCCAGGGGUGUUCAUGACAUCGACUACUACAAAAAAACCAGUAAUGGCCGCCUGCCUGUCAAGUGGAUGGCACCUGAGGCCCUAUUUGACCGAGUCUACACUCACCAGAGUGAUGUGUGGUCCUUUGGGAUCCUGCUGUGGGAGAUCUUCACCCUGGGUGGCUCCCCUUACCCUGGCAUCCCUGUAGAAGAGCUAUUCUCACUGCUGAGAGAAGGACAUCGUAUGGACCGGCCUUCCCACUGCCCCCCAGAGCUGUAUAUGUUGAUGCGUGAGUGCUGGCACGCUGUACCCUCCCAGAGACCUACCUUCAAGCAGUUGGUUGAAGCCCUGAACAAGCUCUUGACUGCCAUCUCUGAGGAGUACCUGGACCUCUCGAUGCCCUUUGAGCAGUACUCCCCAGCCGCUGAGGACACCAGCAGCACCUGCUCUUCCAAUGACUCGGUUUUCACCCAUGAACCCCUGGCCCCCGGGGGCCUGAGCCCUAGCCCCUUCACUUACCACAAUGUAAGGACAUAAGGUGAACCCCACCAACGAAGGAUUGAAACAGCAGGGAUAUGACUGUGAAUGCACUGGGCUUGGGCUCUGUUUCUGAUCUCAAGAAUUUGACUGCCCUGGAACUCUCGGUGGCCUUCCCCUAAGAAGGGUAGGAACAGCCAACUUUGAAUGGCUGCCUAUUUGAUACAGUUGUGCCUUGAUUCUUUUCUUUUUAUCAGAGCCCAGAAUCAUUGAGGGACAGCCCCAGGUCCUUUUCAUCUGAAGUUGUCCCUAGAAGGACCCAACCCUCUAAGGCCUUCCCUCCCCUCUCCUCCUCUCCCUCCCUUCCCUUGAUCCCAGGGAAGGUUGAUGUACAUAAUGUGUCUGUGCAUAUAUAUAUGACUUUUGAUAAAUUAUUUUUUUGAAUAGA